AUGUCGAAGAUAUCAAAUCAGCAAACUGUGUUGUUGAUUGUUGCAUUUUGGCAAGAACGCCGGAGGAAGCAGGCUUGGAAUAUGCGUAUGACGGGGAUGUGGUCAAAUUCAAUGGAUAUCUUACUCGAUGGUUGGAGGCGGGAAUUCCGCUUUUGGUCAGGACGGCCCUCUUGGACAAAUGGGCAUGACAAAUUAUGGGAUCAUCCAGCUGGUUAUAUGCGGAGCUUCAAUAAGGAGGCUUGGUUUUGGAUCGAUACGGAUGGAAAUCCCGUUUCUUCUACCCCUCACCCUCCUCCGUCACCACCUUCACCACCACUAUUAGCUUCGUCGGACUACUACUCUAUUAAGUUAGAUCCCGAUGAGAUCCAAGGGCCAUUGGAAUUUCGCAUGGGUCAAAGAUUGGUUACUGCAACUACUGCCGAUAGGAUUGAUCCACAACGAACUGUUUACCGUUUGAAGAUUGAAAAACCAUCGAUUCUCGAUUACAUCCCAGUUCUAUUUAUUCAAUCGAUACUUAAAAGUCUUUUCAGCCUGUGCCCAAGUAUUAAAACAACUUAUCCCGAAUGGUUUUUGCCAUCAAUCGUGAUUGUAAAGAAGCGCAAACCUGAUUGGGAUAACGAAUUUGAGGUUGAAAAACGUAUGUAUCGUCGUCUUCAGCCUCUUCAAGGAAGAUUCAUACCUUAUUUCUAUGGGGAAGCAACAUACGAUGGAUCACCGGCAUUAGUUCUAUCCGAAAUCAUCGGCCGAAGAUUAUAUGAUCUUACGAUGAAACAUGGAGAGGAUGAUGAAUUCAAAAGAAAGUUAGAAGAGGUUUACAAAGCAUUAACUACACACGGAGUAACUCAUGAAGAUCCAAAGUUGGAUAAUGCUAUUGAUGUUGGAGAUCGAGUAAUGAUUUUCGAUUUGGAACAAUGUGUAAUUGAGAAAACAAAUUGGGAAGGAAGCGUUAACAAAGGAAGUGUGAUAUAUUUACUAGAGAGUCUUCAAUCAAAUCGUCAAUACGAAGAUGAGGCAAGACAAAGGGAAGAGGAAAGAUUGAAAGAAAAGGCGGAGGCAAAGGCAGAAAGAAGAAGACUUUUGAACCUAACGUACUCAAGCUCAAGCCAACGAGGGGAGGAAUAA